UCUGGAACAUUUUCUGGUCAAAAUUAUUUGAACAAAGAUGAGCUUGUCCAAUCGGGACCCAUAUCCUUCACCAAAACUGGAAAAUGACUCCACUUUGAGCGGAUAUAAGCCGCCGCAGAAAGGAAUCUUUAACAAACCGACCCACUUGGCGCAGAUAGAAGAGCCGUGGAGCCGCCUUCAUGGCUCUGCCACAUGGUCCAGUUUUAGGAGGAGUGCCAUGUUCCACGACCAGCAGGUACAGGAGACUUACCUAUCUGUCAUUCACUCCCAGGCCCCACGGGACAGCCUGGACUUUCAGCUGAAGACUGUCUAUGAUCACCACAGGGACUUCUUCUGGAGCAAGAACCAGAUCUUAUACCAGAAAGACACUGUGUGUGAGGAUCACAGGCACACUGAGAAGCAAAGUGACCAAGGGACAGCGCAGGACCAGGACAUCAGACGAUGGGUCUACCCAAAGAGGCGCUCCAUUUAUAGUGUCAAAUAA